UUAAAUAUUGAUGUUAUUAUUAUGAUAUGUAAAAUAAACGAGCUGUUAUUCCAUCAGUUGUUAUUACUGACACGAGCAAAUCAAAAAAUAUUAUAAAAUAUCUUAUAGUAGAAAUAUACUUUAUAUAUUAUUAGCAUAAUAUUCACUCACCAGCCGAAGAAAGGACAAUUAUCCAUUGACAUUUUAGAUAAAUAUUUAAGGUAAUUUAUAAUUGCAAUCUGAAUUAUGGCAAUCUGAAUUAUUUUUAUAAUUCUGAUAACGAAACUGUAAUUAUGAUGGACAAACUAUUUAGCAACAUCGACGAAAAGUUUUCAUAGAGAAUCUAUCACUUCUCUGCAGAAUAUAUCAGAAAUAUUGCAAAUUCUUGAACUCUACUUGCCUCCUGAUCUUCCGUCACCAACAGAAGUCAAGAACUCACAACUAUUCAAUCUGCUGCUCUCUUUUGCAAUCUGAAGACUAUAUAUAGUAUAAAACUCAAAAGCGAUUCACUCUGAAGAUAAAAACAGAAAGGCACCCAUUAAGAAAGGAACUGACAUUACCGUUUUCUUCACCAUGUCCUCGAAGAAGAGCUCUCCACCAGGAUGGUUGAAGCACCCCUUUUUUCGCCACUCCACGUCUUCUUAGACAGUCCUCCUUAGCACCUGUGUCUUGAAGAAAAACGCGUGGGAGUCUCCGAUAUGAUUGGUCAGCGAUCAGUGGACGCGCAGUCUAAGACCACUUUGGAUGGGACGAAGUUAGAGGAGAACACCCACGUUCAUGUGGAGCCCAUAUCCAAUGGAUUCAGGAACUGCCUGUGGUGGAAUCAGAGGUCUAGCUUUGAAAGAAUCCUCGUCAUUUUGUGUCUGCUUUUUUUAAUUCUGUGCGCAACAUUAGUGAUAGUGAACGUUAUUAUUCAAGGUAGAUUGCGGAUAGCAGAAAGAAUAGCGAGCGGAACAUGUCUUUCAAAAGAAUGCAUUUUAGCCGCAUCUCGCAUGUUGGAUAAGAUGGAUCCAACCAUCGAACCUUGCGACAACUUCUACCAGUUCGCAUGCGGGAACUACCUGAGUCGAAACACGGUACCCGACGACCACUAUCUCAAGUCUACCAUACAGACCAUGCAAGAUGACAUGUAUGUAACAUUAAAAAAAUUAGUGGAACAACCGGUGACACCAAACGACACAGAAGCUAUCUUAAAAGUGAAGCGACUGUACACAUCAUGCAUGAAUACCAUAUCUUUGUAUCCUGUAACAGGUAGCAUAGAGGAUGGAUCCGUAAAGGUUCUGUUGGAGCUGCUGACUGAUUAUGGCAUUGGGGAAUGGCCCAUCCUCAACCACAAAUGGAACAAAUCAAAAGUGGACUUGGAGUGGAGACUGGCCAUGCUGCAUGUGCAUCAAGUGCAGCCUUUCUUUCACACAUUCGUGGCUCCUGAUGAUAGAAACUCUUCUGUUUAUCUCCUUCACGUUUACUCGGGGUCUCCCAUUCUCAACACUCAAUACUACCUGAACAGCUCCGACCCCGACUACAUCCGGUACAUGCUCUCGUACAAGAACCUGAUCGCCGAAACUGUCCGACUGCUCAAGGCUUCGGAGUCGGUGGUCAAGAGAGAUAUCGAGGCGCUCCUGGAGUUCGAAGUGGAUUUUGCAAAUAUAUCACACGAAGAUCCGUUCGAUUCCAUGAAUGAAACAAAUCCAAUGGACGACGAUUUCGUAUUCAACAGAGUAAACAUCUCUAUGCUGGAAGAAAUGAUACCAGAGAUCAAAUGGGGGAUCUUGCUGGGUUACAUCUUCGACUAUAUUGGCUUGUCAUCGGAAAAGAUGGACUUAAACAUCGUUCUGCACUGUGAAAAAUAUUUGAGACAUCUGGUCGUUCUGCUGGAAAGAACAUCUCCAAGAACAGUGGCAAAUUAUCUAACCUGGCGUUUCGUUGCAAAAUACUUGCCUUAUCUGGAUAUCCACUUUCGCCGCCUCUAUUACGACUUCAGACGAGAAGUUCCGAACUUAUCCGAAGAGAGGACGUUCUUCGCAAGGUGGAAGGAAUGCGUGAACCUCGUCAAUGACGGAUUUGGAAUGGCACUCGCUUCUUUGUACGUCAAAGAAGAAUUUGGCGAAGAUCUGGAAAACGAAGUAAAGUCUUUGAUCACUUCUUUAAAGCAGGCUUUUGUCGGCGGUAUAAAACAACAAAACUGGUUGGAUCCAGAUACGAAAAUUCUAUGUGAAGAGAAAGUAAUGUCAAUGACCACCAAACUUGGCUACCCACGAUAUAUCUUGGAUCCGGUACAAUUAGACACGGAUUAUUCAGGGCUUGAAAUUUCUGAAGAACAUUUUCUGGAUAAUAUUCUUAAAAUGAAUCGUUAUGAAGUCAUAAAAGAAUUGACUAAAAUGACAAGAACGGUUGACAAAGAAAGAGACUGGUUUGUGCAACCUCUUGUUGUGAAUGCAUUCUAUGAGGCAACUGGAAAUGCAGUUAUUUUCCCUGUUGGAAUUCUCAGAACUCCGAUUUUCACUCCAGAUAGGCCCAAAUAUUUGAAUUAUGGAAUGCUCGGAGUCGUCAUUGGUCACGAAAUAACCCAUGGAUUUGAUAACAGCGGUAGGAAGUUCGACAAGGUCGGAAACCUCACUCAAUGGUGGUCGGAUGAAAUUGUCGAGAAGUUCAAAGAACAAGCUUCCUGCUUUGUGGAACAGUACUCGCAACUGCCCAUCGACAUUGUAGGGCAGAAUGUAAAUGGCAACCAAACACUUGACGAUAAUAUCUGUGAUAAUUCAGGAUUGAAGCAAGCUUACAGGGCUUAUAAAAAUUACGUAUCAGAAUAUGGCGAAGAACCGAGUCUACCUGGAAUAACAUAUUCGAAUUUACAAGUUUUCUUUCUUCAAUAUGCUCAGAUAUGGUGUGAAGUAUUGAGCAAAGAAGCCAAUGAGCGGUAUGUAAAAGAUAAUCACAGUCCCGGUAAAUACAGAGCCAACAUACCUUUAAUCAACUCACCCGAAUUUUCUGCAGUAUUCAACUGCCCGUCUGGAACUCCAAUGAACCCAGUCAAGAAGUGCAGACUAUGGGGUUAACACACUAAGAAUCAAGUUUCAAAUACAAAAAACUUUUGACUACGUCAUGCUAAGGCGAUGGCAGAAAGACGACACCAAAGCAAAACUUUGCAAAACUCACUUGUGUACCUGACAUUACAGUAAAACACAAUACAAAAUUCAAGUCAACUCAUCACUCUUGUUCUCACGAUAUGGAUAUAUAUAUUAUAUUAUAAAAAAGUUGUAAGUGAAGUAAAUAAAAACUGUAAAAUAUCUCUUUA